CCUCGUGCAGGGGGCAUGGCGCGCGGGCCGCUGUGGGCGGGGGACUCCCCCCGGAGCUGUCAAACUCAGGCCAGGCCAAGACGUGUCGGUGUGGGGUUGCGGCCCGCCGCUCUCACACGCCCCGCUAGGGGACGCGGCCCCUUUAAGAGCAGUCCGGGCCGGGGCGGGACUCGCUCGAAACUUUGUAGAAGUUGGGGACUCGAGCUCGGCGCGGCCAGAGUCCCCCCCCCCCCCCCCCCCGCCAGAGCCCCCCGAGCCCGCGGCCAUGGAUUACCUCACCACCUUCACCGGCAAGAGCGGCCGCCUGCUGCGCGGCACCGCCAACCGCCUGUGGGGGGCAGCGCCCGGGGCCCCCCGCCAGGUCCGCUUCCUCGACUCCCUGCAGGAGCGGGGCCUGGGCCCUGCGUCCGCACCAGGUGCCGGCACCGCGCGGGGGGGGCAGUAACGAGGGGGCGCUGUCCUAGGGAUACUGGCCAGAAGAAGAACCCAGACAAGAAAGAUGGGCGACGAAUGUCUUUUCAGAAGCCUAAAGGGACUAUUGAAUAUACAGUUGAAUCAAGAGACACACUAAACAGUAUUGCCUUGAAAUUUGAUACGACACCGAAUGAACUGGUUCAGUUAAACAAGUUUUUCUCCCGAGCAGUUGUUCCUGGACAGAUUUUAUAUGUUCCUGACCCAGAAUAUGUUUCUAGUGCGGAGAGCUCCCCGUCUCUUAGUCCCAUAAGUCCCUUGUCACCUACGUCUUCAGAAGCUGAAUUUGACAAGGCUACAGUAAAUGAUCCAGAUGGGUUCCAGCGAAAUGAGGCUGCUUCACCAGCUUAUGCAUGUUUUCGUCCUGCAAGAGUGGUAUCAUCCACAUCAGAGGAGGAAGAAGCAUUUACUGAAAAAUUUCUCAAAAUUAAUUGCAAGUACAUGACUUAUGGCAAGGGUUCGGUCAAUGGUGUGCUGCUAGUGACUCCAAAUAAUAUAAUGUUUGAUCCACAUAAAACUGAUCCUAUGGUCCAAGAGAACGGCUGUGAAGAGUAUGGCAUCAUGUGUCCAAUGGAAGAAGUGAUGUCAGCUGCUCUGUAUAAAGAAAUUGUGGACAGCAAAAUAAAGGAUUCGUUACCCAUAGAUGUAGAACCAUUAUCUGUAAGGGACCUCUGCCAUUUCAAGAAAAUUACAAGAAGCAAUACAGAUGAAAUGGAUUCAAGGGUUCAGGAUACAGGGAAUGACAGUGCCAGCACAGCCCCUCGGAGCACAGAGGAGUCUCUUUCGGAGGAUGUGUUCACAGAAUCAGAACUCUCUCCAAUAUGUGAGGAACUUGUUUCUUCAGAUGAGCUUCGACAAGACAAAUCUUCUGGUGCCUCAUCAGAAUCUGUCCAAACGAUAAAUCAAACUAGCGCAGAAUGUUUAACAAUAAUUUCAGACUCAACUGAUGUUCCCAAUGACUUAAAAUCCAGUGUCGACCUGCCUGUAAGUGACAGUGGGUUUGUUACCCAUAUUAUGGGUUCAGAAACUGUUAAAAUGGCAAUACAGGGGGGAGAGGACACUGUAGGGGGAAAAGUUACAGAUGCCCAUCAACAAUCUUUGCAAGAAAUGCAAUCCAGUAAAGGAUGUGGCACAGAUGUAGACGUAGUCAUUGAUCAGGAUUCCACACUAGAGAAAACACACAAAAGAGAGUGUGAGGUAAAAAAGCAAUGUCUACUUUGUGAAGACAUCACAGACUCCCAAAAAAAAGAGACCAUCACCAAGGGAAAACUAGUGAAAGAACUAACUCAAGAUUCAGACAUAGACGUUGAAGAGCUUCGUGAACUCUGGAAGAUUCACACUAUGCAACAAACCAAGCAGCAAAGAAAAAACAUGCAGCAAGAUUCACAAAAAGAAAUGAAGCACAAAAUGGAGGUUGCAGAAGAUGGACAAGCGGAUGUAAUAGGUUCUGCUCUUAUGAAAGAGAAGAGAAGACAUCGAUCUCACAAGUUCUUGUGUCUCAGAGUUGGAAAACCUAUGAGAAAAACAUUUGUGUCACAAGCAAGUGCAUUAAUGCAGCAAUAUGCACAGAGAGAUAAGAAACACGAGUACUGGUUUGCUGUUCCACAUGAAAGGACAGAACACUUGUAUGCCUUCUUUAUUCAGUGGAGCCCAGAAAUGUAUUCAGAGGAUACUGGGGAGUCUAUUAGAGAGCCUGGGUUUAUAGUUGUAAAGAAAAAUGAAGAGCCUGAAACUGGUGAUUGCACUAAUGAAGCUGCUUCUAGGGAGUGGGAGGUAGUGUCAGUGGCUGAGUAUCACCGCAGGAUCGAUGCUCUAAAUAGUGAAGAACUGCGCACGCUCUGCAGACGCCUCAAGAUAACAAGGGAAGACAUAAAUUCAAAGCAGGCCACAAAUAUCAAAACAGACCUGGAGCCUGAAGCAUUUCGGCCAAAUCUUAGCGAUCGUAGUGAAUUGCUGCAGUCAGACCAAAUUGAAAAGCUCACAAAGCACCUUCCUCCGCGAACCAUUGGGUAUCCAUGGACUCUUGUCUACAGCACUGCAAAGCAUGGCAUGAGCUUGAAGACAUUGUAUCGAACUAUGUUGGGGCUAGAUACUCCUGUACUAAUGGUUAUCAAGGAUAGUGAUGGGCAGGUUUUUGGUGCGCUAGCCUCUGAACCUUUUAAAGUGAGUGACUGCUUUUAUGGCACUGGAGAGACCUUUCUGUUUACUUUCUCUCCGGAUUUUGAGGUCUUCAAAUGGACAGGAGACAAUAUGUUUUUUAUUAAAGGAGACAUGGACUCUUUAGCUUUUGGUGGGGGAGGGGGUGAAUUUGCUCUUUGGCUUGAUGGGGAUCUCUACCAUGGAAGAAGUCACUCUUGUAAAACGUUUGGGAAUCACACACUUUCUAAGAGAGAAGAUUUUAUUAUCCAAGACAUUGAAAUCUGGGCUUUUGAAUAAGUGUAUAAAUGUCUCUACAGGCUAUUGUCCCAAACCUGACAUGAAUCAGUGCAGCUCAAAAAGCCCUAGAAGCAAUAGAAUACAGCAUUUAUAUACUAUAGUUUUAAAGCUAUCUUCAUGAUGAUCCAGAUGCAAUUUUGAAAGUGUAUUUAAAGUUGUCGUACUUUUCUGUAUGUUUAAGAUAUUGCUAUAAGUCUAGACCACCUGGGCUGAAACUGAAUGUCAGUUAAGUUAAUCUUGCUGUUGCUCUCAAAUUAUCUGUCCUUUUAGUAUACCCCUUUGUCUCUUCAGUUCCCCCACACAUCUGUCUACAAUCUGUUUAGGGCUGCUUUGCUGUAUCUCAAUUAAGAUUAUUUUUCUAUGAAAACUGUAUCUCUGAAUUGAGCUCCCCCUUCAGGGCCUGUAUAAGAAGAAAGUUUUGAGUAUGAUGAUUUGGCAGCAAUGCUUCAAACACUGGCCCAGACCACUCGUUGAUUAAUUCACAUGGUGCCACGGCUAGACAAGAACUUUAGCAUUCCAUAUUGGAGCAUACCAUUACCCCUAGUCCUGGUUAGAAAAUUCAUCCAAAUUGUGCCACUUGUUUUACUAAUGUCCAAUUUAGAAAAUACAUGUCAGUUACAUCAUAUAGUAAAAGUUCUAGUUGCGUGCUGAUUGUAUUAAAAGUAUUUUGCACAUGCUGUUAAUGAUCUGCAGGUUUGGGACAAAUGAGGACAGCAUUGAGCUAUGUGGUAAAAACAUAAAAGAGCAAGGGAAUGUGAUAGUUCCACUGUGUUUAAUGGAUAAAUCAAGUAAAAUGCAGUGAACAAAUUUGUAGCUAUAUUAGGGCAUUAUGCAUACCAAGACUAUGAAAUUGAUGCAUUUUUCUUCAACAUAAAGUGUCAGAUAUAUGCUGUUUUAUAGUUAUACUGUUGUAGCCUUGUAGCACAUCAACUCCAAGAACAUAGCUUAUUCCUGUCCAAAAGAAAAAAAUAGUUGUGAUGUUUUUGAGUGGAUUUAUGUUUUAAAUUACAGUUAGCACCAGCUCUGAUAAAAUGGGGUAAUGUACUAUAGGUAGACAAUAUUGUAACUCAGUAGACUUGUGGAAUAUGCAAAUUUACUGUCAUGUGACCUCAAAAAAAAAUGACAGGCUAGAAUACCGUGCCGGUAGCUCUUGUUCACUUUUUGUAGGAAAACUGAUAAGCCAUUGUGGCAAUAACAGCUCAACAAAAGUUAUUUUCAAAGCUUCUAUUCUAUGUUAUGCAAAAAAAUUGCUGUUAUAAGUGUGACAGUGACUGACUUCGUGCUGAAAUUUCAGCUGUUCAAGAUGAACAUUGUAUAUUAUCUUGUAAAUUAAUGUUUAAAAGUAGUUUUUGUUAUUAUAGAAAAGUGUUGAUUAACGGGUUGCUUAUAGCACUUUAAAUUAUUCUAGAAAUGGAAUAAAAGCCAAAUGGGUUGGCUUAAUAGAUGUAGUUAUAUAGUAUUUCAAUAUAUUUAGUUCUUUGAAAAGUUUUAAAAGAAGAAAGAUUACUGCUGUGGUAAUGUAAAAGGGCAGAUGCUUUAUCUAUAAUAUGCUAAUGCGCAAUAUGAAUACAAAUACAGGGCCCCAUUUCCUGUCUCUAUGUAUAGCUCUUUACCCUUGUUAGAGCUUAGUACGGUAUAUAGAUUAAAUGUUUACAAAAAUAAGGAACUGUAAAUAUAUUAAAAUGGCUUUUCUCCCCAUUGGUCUUCCACAGCAGUAUUAUUGUCUUUGUGGAGUUAAGACUAACUAUAAACAAUCCUGUAAUGGAUUUCAAGUACUAUAAGGUCAUAGUGAUAUAUAGCAAAUAAAUCUAAAUACAUGUAAAAUUAAA